GACGCUCGCAGUAGCAGUAGCAGGCAGCCAGGCAGCCAGCCAGCCAGCCAGCCAGCCAGCCCAGUACAUUUUGUUCAGUUUCAGUCUCAGUUCAGUUCGUGCAAGGCAAUUUUCACAGGCAGCAGCAGCAGAGCCCAGUACUCAGCACUCGGCAGUCAGCACCUAGUAUCCAGUAUCCACUAUCCAGUAUUCAGUAUCCAGUACAAGUAUCUGAACAACGUUUCGGGCUAAGAAGAGCGACAAGGCAAAGUACCUGCUUAAGUGCUCAGCCCUGAUAUAUAUUCCUUGAGAGAAGUCAAAUUUAACCAGAAAAAUGAGUGGAGAUCGCCCGAAGCGUCCCCUGUCCGCCUACAUGCUGUGGCUCAACGAGACCCGCGAACAGAUCAAGAAGGAUAAUCCCGGCAGCAAGGUGACAGACAUCGCCAAGCGGGGCGGAGAGCUCUGGCGCGGACUGAAGGAUAAGACCGAGUGGGAGCAGAAGGCCAUCAAAAUGAAGGAGGAGUACAACAAGGCGGUGAAGGAGUACGAGGCCAAUGGCGGCACCGAUUCGGGAGCGCCCAAGAAGCGAAAGAAGGCGGCCGCCAAGCCAGCCAAGAAGGCCAAGAAGAAAGAGUCCUCCGAGGAGGAGGAGGAGGACGAGAGCGAGUAGACGGUUGCAUCCACCGAAAUGGGCAACGUUUUUCUGCAUAAGUUUUAAAAUACAUUUUAUUAAUGUAAUUUUUUAAGUGACAAAAAAAACCCACAAAAAUGAAAACCAAGAAAAAAACCUAAUUAAAAACCAAACAAAAAAAAUAUGAAAAAAAACAAAGAAAAACCGAAUUAAGACCUUAAAUCUUUAAAUAUGCACUAAAUCCAUUGACAUGCGAACACUUACACAGAUACACACACAGAUACACACAUGCCAACACACAGCAUAAACCAUAAAGACUAAGUUAAAGAUGUGAAGGAUCACACACACAUUAUUUCCAGUCAUCUGUUCUUUAUAUUCUAGGUUUGUACGUAUAAAUGUAUCUAUAUGUAUGACACUCCCCCCGCAACAUACAUACAGCCCACUGCCCCCAAAAGUGGCGAUUCCCCGCGCUCCCCCUUUAGCCACUUUCGAUCGCGUCAAGUUAUUUGAAUUUUGAGUCCCUCGAUUCGAGAGCAAAAAGUUAUAUAUAUAUAUAUAUACAUACAUUUUAAACCGUAUACAUAAAUAUAUAUUUAAAUAUAUAUUAUGUAAUUUAAAAAGGAAAACAAAAAACCAAUAUUACAAAUAUGUAAUUGUGAAUGUAGAGCUGAAUGGAAUAUUUAAAAAAAAAUAUAUAAAAAUUCUGAAAACUCAA